AGUAAACAUAGCUGUUUGCUCGAAACUGAAACUUUUGUGCUUCUGUGUAACUGCCCCUACGAACCUUGUAAAGUCACACUGCAGUAUUUGAUUCACUACAUUGCUGUUGUGUGCGUGUGACACUCCGUGCGUAGAGCAGCUGCAGCCUGUGACUGAACCUUGCUUAGGAUGAUUAUUCAUUUUUGCCCAGGGUGUGGACAGAAAGCAGAAGAAUCAUUUAAAUUCUGCCCAGGUUGUGGUUUGAAACUACCUAAAGAUGAUAUCACAGAGCCGCCAACCUCUUCAAUCAGCUGUUCCCCAACGCAGAAAGGUCUGAAAGCAUCAACCAAAAGGAAACAUGAACGUAUCUCCCCCCAGAAAGAUGCAGAUUGUAGUCCAGAAAAGCCUUGUUCAUCUUAUCAAGAAAAUUCCUUGGCUCAGUCUCCCAUACAGCGUGUCUCUCCUAAACGGACAAGAAAUAAAUCCGCUCUCAACAAACUUGCACCGGAAGAUGCACAAAACGAAUGUAGCGUUACCCUUGAGAAGAGAGAGGUAAAGAGUCUCGGAUCCUCCCGUGCAACUUCCAAGGGUUUUAAAAGCCCCAAAGCCAAGCAAACUAAAGUAAGCCAUUUUGAACCACUUCCAGAAAAUGAGGUUGUGACGGACAACAGCAGCACAAAAUGGCAUCUGGACAAGCUUCUAACAAAAGGCAACACUGGUAUCUUGUAUGAAGUUCACUCCCUACCGAAAACUGGUAAAGGACAGCAGGGAAUACUGAAGCUGGAUGCAAAAGAUGGGAAAAUAUACACUGAGCAAAACUUUCUGCAGCGGGCAGCAAAAAAAAGCGCAGUUGAUAAAUGGACGAAAUCACAUUCAUGUUCAAUGCUUGGAAUCCCAAAUUGCAUCGGCUUCGGAGUGCAGGAUAACUACAGAUUUUUGAUCUUUUCUUCAUUGGGACAGUCCAUCAUUAAUUUUAGCAAAUUGUCUGAAAAAGCCGUUUAUCAGAUCAUGUAUAGGAUGAUUGAUACACUGGAAUUUAUCCAUGAGAAUGAGUAUGUGCACGGUGACAUCACACCUGAGAAUAUCUUUGUGGACCUUGAGGAUCUUACAAAGGUCUACCUGGCUGGAUACUAUUAUGCAUUUCGCUAUUGCCCAGAAGGAAAACACGUCAGCUACAGAGAAGGCAGCAAAACUCCCCACGAAGGAACAGUCAUGUUUAUAAGCUUGGAUGCUCACAAAGGAGCUGGCCCCUGCCGUCGCAGUGAUCUGGAGUCAUUAGGGUACUGCAUGCUGAAGUGGCUCUCUGGGGUUGUCCCAUGGGAAGACCAGAUCGACUCCAGUAAAAUAAUGGAGCAGAAGAAAAGAUACAAAACCGAUAUCCCUGGGCUCCUGAAAGACAGCUUUAAUCGGAAGAAGGCCCCAGAGGUCUUGAAAACAUAUCUAGAACAAGUGAUGUGUCUGAACUAUGAGGAGAAGCCGGACUACAAGAAGCUCAGUGAAAUCCUUUCUGCUGCUCUGCACAAGACUGACACAGAUCCGUAUGAUGCAGUUGAUGAUCUUUAGAAAGAUAUUGAAGCUGCUCUUGGUAAAGCUUGUUUUUUAUUUCAGACAAGAACAAUCUCCCUUUUUCAGCGAACAGCUUUUACUACUGAAAUUUUAUCACUUGUUCUUAUAAUUUACUAUGUUUUUAAAUGUUUUACUGCAAAUUGAGCCAUUGUAUUAAGGGUUUAAUUACUCUAUCAGCCAUAACAACCAUGUGUCCUGCAUGAUAUGGUUUACAGUUAUUAAAUUGUCUGUUGUCGCUUUGACAUAUUAUGAAUUUACUAGAAUAACUGUGAAUAAAGUUUUGAAAUUAA